AUGGAAACUGGUGGUAUUCUUGAAGUACUUGUUGUAAAUGCGCAAGGCAUCAGACGAAAAAAUUUCUUUGGUAAAUCAGCCUACUAUGUGCUGGUACAAUGUGGCACCGAAGUCAGGAGGAGCAAAACUACUAAAGGCUAUCACCAUAAAGCAUUUUGGAACCAGAAGUUUGAGUUUGAGCUCCCAUCUUCUGAAUUGAAGAAUCUGACCCAUCUUGAAAUCAGUAUAAUGGACCAUGAAUCUUUUGAAGAUGCAGAAUUUGUUGGGCGUGCUAUGAUUUUUCUUGGUGGGAUUAUUGCAGAAGGGAAUGAUAGAGGACACAUCGAAAUACAUCCUACUCCAUAUAAUGUGGUGCUUGAGGAUACCACAUACAAAGGCGAAAUUAAGAUUGGGCUAAAUUUUAGAGUUAAUAAAGAUGGCCACAAAGAGACUAAAGAAGAGGCUGUGCAGGUUAUGGAAGCAGGGCAUCAUUUUUACAAGAGUUUGUUCAGAAUUUUGCGAAUUUCGUGGUGGAGAAUAGUUUUUCCAUAUGGCCAAUAUUGA